AUGCAGGCCCAGAAGGACAGUCGCGCGACAACAUCUUGCACUGAAUGUCAGCGCCGGAAGCAAAAGUGCUCGCGAGAGUGGCCCUGCAAUCAUUGCCAGGCACGAAAGGUACCCCAUCUCUGUCAGUUCUCCGUCAAAAGAGGGCAAACGGAGUCAUCCCCAGAGUCUGCUCGAGAAAACUCGUCUGGCAGCACCACCAAGGGCACAAAAAGGAGUGCUCCCGAUUCUGUAGAGCCACAAUUUCCAUCGCGACCGCAAGAUGGCGAGCCAGAAGACCUCGAGGACGGGCUAAAAGCGUGGGGAUAUAUGCCCGGCCAUGUUCACUACAAAGUCAGCACGGUGGAAGAGGGCGGCAAGCAUAAAGACUCACCGGCAGAGUCUCCGGGAACAACGGGCGUCGUAGAGAAAGUCCUCCCUGCAGUCCCUCCCAGAUCGAUAACCGGCAAGUGCAACCAUCUUGUCAACUACAGAUACAGCGCGAUAUACGGGCCAACACUAGCUGAACAAUACGUCCAGUGGUGGACUGAUCGUGGUGCCGGCAAACAGCUCUCGCCAGAAUUUACCUGCUUACUGUUGAGAAUCUGCGCAUACUCCGUGCAGUUUCUCACACCUUCGCUUCGCAAGAUGAUUGAGUUUGAGCUGGCUUGCAGUUGUCAAACCUUGACCGAACGGUUUUCCGACGCAGCGGAAGAGCUGAGCCGGAGUUUUGAAGCAUCGCGAACAAGUAUUGAACGUGUGCAAGAACAAUUUCUCAAAGGUGCCUGGCUAAAGUCGGAGUCCAAGAUAGUAGAAUCAUGGCAUGCGCUUUCACGCACCAUACGAGAAGCACAAGAGCUAGGUAUCGACAAAGAUGCAGGUAUCGAGGGCCUAUGUGAGUUCGACAUCGAGAUCAGGAGACGUCUCUGGACGCUGCUGUACAUCUGGGACUGGCAGAUGUCGGCGUGGUUGGGUCGUCCAAAUCUCAUCGACCAGAAGGAUCUCAGCUUCAAAUUCCCCAAUCUACGACUGGAUCAGUCAACCACAGAGCCAAACCUACUUUCACCUUUUGCUCACAUGGCGCUUCAAGCAAAUCUGGGCCGUAGAGUAGCGACUGCUAUGGGAACUGCCAACUCCAAGACUGAUCUAUCGGAUAAGCAAGUUCUGACAAUACAGUCCGAAUGCGAGAAGCUUGCCGAAGAGCUACCCCCGAUAUUUCGAUUCAAAAACACGGAUACAUCUUUCGACGAGACGCAUCCAUACUUUGUCUUCCAGCGUUGCCAACUACACUGUGUCAUCCUUUUAACACAACUCGACUUUCUCAAACCCUACCUGACCCGAGAGCGUCAAGGCCAAGUGGCUGGUCAGGAUGAAGAGUUUCGGAAGAAAGGCAUAGACAUCGCGUUGCGUCUCCUGAAAGUCGCGCGUAAACUUUUCGAUCAUGAGUUCCCGAUCAACGCAAAGUUUCACAUGGUCGUCUUCUGCAUCUUCGAUACUGCGACUCUACUUUGCUCCGCCAUCAUACAUGACCGCAAGCAUACUCUGCCUCAUCGUGAGGAAAUCGUGGACGUUAUCGAAAGCUCUCUGAAGAUGCUGCAUCAACUCAGUGGAACAACAAAACUUGGGGCUACGUCUUUCAACUUCCUUUCUAAGCUUGUGCAGGCUACGCCAGAGCUUUCGCGAUAUCCUUCGAUCUGUAAGCGCCAACGGCAGGCGUCUUCUUCGGCACCCAAGUCAACGCCGCCGCUACCUGCGCAUGAGCCUACACCAGUAGCGACCAUGCCUCCGGUGGCGUCUAUAGAGCCGGUUGUUGCACCGGCUCCUUCCACGGUCGGCGAUCUGCAUCCAGUGACCAUCUCGGAUGAUCUCUCGUUCGACAUUGAUCAAUUCCUCGCCCAAAACCCCUUUGGUACUGUCGGGGACCCAUCUGCUGUGGACAUGGGUGGCAUGGAGCAGAUCUGGGACUGGCAAGAUCUGCGCCUGAAUUCCUAUACACAAGGGGAUUCACAUGGCUGGAACACUAAUGGAUCGGGAUGA